GCAGCUGUGUGAGGUGACUCCACGCCAGUCGAGGAGUGGGAGGGGCAGGAGCAGCGCAUACAUUAACCGACAACCGGGAAGCAUUGCAGCCAGCCUCCACAGGGACAACCACACACACAACAGCGGAAAGAUGGUCGCGAUGCAACCGUCCCCCAAUCUGUCUCCCUCGGAGUGGAUCUGCUGUCUGGACAAGAGGCCGUCGGAGCGCUCAGGAGAGGAUGUGGAUAUUAUUCUGACCAGAUUGAAACAAGUUAAAGCCUUCCACAAGUUUCCACCUCCACUCUUGCUGCAGAUCUGCACCUGUGCCUUUUAUGAAUGUCUGGAGAAAGGCAUCACGUUGUUUCGACAGGGAGACAUCGGCACGAGCUGGUAUGCUGUUCUGUCUGGCUCCCUUGAUGUCAAAGUGUCUGAAACCGCCAACCACCAGGAUGCAGUCACCAUCUGUACACUGGGGAUCGGGACAGCCUUUGGGGAGUCCAUCCUGGACAACACACCGCGUCACGCCACCAUCGUCAGCAGAGAGACCAGCGAACUGCUUCGCAUUGAACAGAGGGAGUUCAAGAGCCUCUGGGAGAAGCAUCGGCAAAGCCUGGCUGGACUGUUGGCCCCCCCUUAUGGAGCGAUGGAGAGUGGAUCCAACAAUGACAGACUUGCAGACAAAGACAACAUGAACUCAGACUCUGCAAGCAAAACUCACAACAAGAUUCCCUCAGAGAAGCUACAGAGAGCCGGGAAGGUUCUCCGCAACGCCAUCCUGUCCAGAGCCCCUCACAUGAUCCGAGACCGGAAGUACCACCUCAAGACAUACAGACAAUGCUGUGUAGGCACAGAGCUAGUGGACUGGCUUGUGCUGCAGAGUGCAUGUGUUCUCACUCGCUCCCACGCUGUUGGCAUGUGGCAGGCAUUGCUAGAAGAUCAGGUGCUGAAUCACGUCGACCAGGAGCUGGGUUUCCAGGACAAGUACCUGUUCUACCGCUUUCUCGAUGACGAAGAGGAGGACACGCCGUUCCCUAGUGAGGAGGAGAAGCGGGAGAGUGAGGAGGAGCUGCCGGAGACCAUUCUUUUCCUUGCUCAGAUAGGCCCCGACGCACUGCUGCGCAUGAUCCUGAGGAAAUCGCCUGGUCAGAGGACUGGAGACGACCUCGAGAUCAUCUAUGACGAGCUGCUUCACAUCAAGGCCUUAUCUCACCUCUCCAACACUGUGAAGAGGGAACUGGCGAGCGUUGUCAUCUUUGAAUCACACGCUAAAGCUGGAACUGUGUUGUUCAACCAAGGAGAAGAGGGCACAUCAUGGUACAUUAUCCAGAAAGGCUCAGUCAAUGUGGUUAUCUAUGGCAAGGGGGUGGUGUGUACGCUCCAUGAGGGUGAUGACUUUGGAAAGUUGGCCCUGGUUACAGAUUCACCUCGUGCUGCCUCCAUUGUCCUAAGAGAGGACAACUGUCACUUUCUUCGUGUAGACAAGGAGGAUUUCAACAGGAUACUCAGGGAUGUGGAGGCCAACACAGUGCGUUUGAAAGAGCACGAACAAGCUGUGCUGGUCUUAGAAAAGAGUCCUCGAGCCUCCACAUUGGGUAGCAUCAAGUACACUGUGAUCUCAGGGGCUCCAGAGAAGAUUCUUGAGCACUUUUUGGAGACCAUGAGAAUGGACAUACAUCACAGUGAACCAGACCCAGCAGUGGACGACUUUGUCCUUAUGCACUGUGUCUUCAUGCCCAACAGCCAGCUGUGCCCCCUACUAAUGGCACACUACCAUGCGGCCUCCCCGCCUGGCUCUGAACAGGAAAGAUUGGAGCACACACUCAACUGUAAGAGGAGGGCUCUCAUUCUGGCACUGCGCUGGGCUAACACACACACCUUCCUCCUACAGGAGGAGCCUGCUGCCAUUUCUUUCCUUGAGGAGUUGUUUGGAAGUGUAUCAAAUGAUUCUCGGAUGCUCAGAGCAUUGAAAGAUCUUGUUCCUGACCUGGAGAAAGUUGUCAAACUGCAUUCAGAGGAAGCCAAGUCUACAAAAAAGAAGACUUUAAUACGGCAGUUCAGCAAUGGGGAGGAGAGGCUGCAGAAGAAACAAGCCAUAAGGAAUCAAGAUGACAUCCUAUUGAAGGUUUACUGCAGUGACCACACAUACACCACCAUUCGAGUCACUGUGGCAGCAACAGGCAGAGAAGUGGUCAACGCCGUGGCCGACAAACUAGGCUCCACUGAUGAGCUGGUGCUGGUCCACCUCAGUUCUGCUGGUGAAAAACUAAUCCUGAAGCCGAAUGAUGUGUCAGUGUUUUCUACCCUGAGCAUCAACGGACGAUUAUUUGCCUGUGCACGCGAACAACUCAGCAGUCUGACUCCUCUUCCAGACCAGGAAGGACCCACUGCAGGUUCUAUGUCUACCUUUGAGUUGAUGAGUUCAAAGGACCUCGCUUAUCAAAUGACUAUGUUUGACUGGGAGCUCUUCAGCUGUGUGCACGAGCACGAGCUCCUCUAUCACACGUUUGGCCGCCAUAGCUUUAGAAGAACCACAGCCAACUUGGACCUGUUCCUGCGAAGGUUCAACCAGGUCCAGCUGUGGGUGGUCACCGAGGUGUGCCUCUGUGGACAGCUCAGUAAGAGGGUCCAGCUCCUCAAGAAGUUCAUCAAGAUUGCUGCACACUGUCGUGAGUUUAAGAACCUGAAUUCAUUCUUUGCCAUCAUCAUGGGCAUGAGCAACCCUGCUGUGAGCAGACUGAGUCAGACAUGGGAGAAACUACCUACCAAGUUUAAGAAGUUCUACGCUGAGUUUGAGAGCAUGAUGGACCCAUCCAGGAAUCAUAGAUCCUACCGACUUACUGUUACCAAGCUAGAACCACCAAUCAUACCAUUUAUGCCCCUCCUCCUCAAAGAUAUGACUUUUACACAUGAAGGCAACAAGACAUUCAUUGAUAGCAUGAUCAAUUUUGAGAAAAUGCGUAUUAUAGCGAACACAAUUCGACAAGUGAGGCACUGUAGAAGCCAGCCUUUCAACCCUGACAUCUGUCAACCCAACAAGAAUCAGGCCGAGGUCAGAGGUUACGUCAGGAAGCUCUGCGUGAUAGACAACCAGAGGGCGCUGACGCAGCUCUCCUACAGGCUGGAGCCCCGGCGAACAUGAGAUUUCACCACUGUCGCCUUCUCUGUGACUACACACAAAGCAGACGCGGCGUCACCAGCUGAUGGACGCUAAGUAGCAACACACAAUGAAAACUAUACUAAGGACUGUGCCAUUAAAGGCUUCUUCCUAUCGCUGUGUCUUAGCCCUCAGAUUGUCAUGUAUAGAACUUGAAUCAAUAUCCUGCAUGACUCAACUUCGUAGACUUGGUGUUCUAUACUGUGGCUUUCUAGCAGAGUGUCCUGAAGUGUUCGCUAAACAACAUGAGCUCUUUUAGAGUUGCUCUUUAUACUAUUUAACCCCCAUGCUCAGUAUUAAUGCUAAAAAUAUCGUACAGUCAUCCCUCGUUUAUCGCGGUUAAUUAGGUCUAGACCCGACCGUGAUAAGUAAAUUUCCGCGACAUAGGAUUCCGAUGUAUAUUCACUAAUAAAUUCACUAAUAAUAGACCGUAGUUAACCACAAAACAACGGUCAUUUAUUAAUUAUUAUGUUUUGAAAAACCACAAUGGAGGCCGCAAUGGUGGCCUCGUGGUCUGCCUGUUGGCUACACAGUCAGGAGAUUGGGAAGAUCUGGGUUCAAAUCUCCGUUGGGCAUUUCUGUGUGGAGUUUGCAUGUUCACUCCGUGUGUGCCUGGGUUUUCUUCGGGUACUCCAGUUUCCUCCCAAAUUCCAAAAACAUGCAUGUUAGGUUAAUUGGCGACUCAAAAAAAAACGGUAUGGAUGUGAGUGUGAAUGGUUGUUUGUCUAUAUGUGCCCUGCAAUUGGCUGGCGACCCCUCCUCUCGCCCGAAGUCCGCUCCAGCAUACCCACGACCCUCGUGAGGAGAAGGAUAAGGAUAAGCAGCGUAGAAGAUGGAUGGAAAACUAUGAUGGGCGCGAUGUUUGAACUGCGAAGUGUAUUUUUAAUAUGCCGUAUUCAACCACAAAACAGCAUGAUCCAUUAAUCAGUAUAUUUUGAAAAACCGUGAUAAAGCGAAGCCGCGAAGUUCGAAGCGCGAUGUGACGAGGGACGACUGUAUAUGAAACACAAUUAGCGUAUUUGCAUAUGAAUUAGGUGAGUAUUAGUGUCUGGUGAGAUGCUUCAAAACUCCACAACCAAGUAUUAGCUGGAGCCCUAAGGGUGUUCAAUAGUGAUUGGACUUGUCACAUUUCAUUUAACCCCUGAUUCUCGGUGGUGAUGUUGCUUGUUCUGAGGUUAGUUCUUUGUUUGGCUCUGUCAAGUUGAAAAAGACGCUUAGAAUUUGCAGUUGUCCGUCUGUGGGUUUUUUUGUUUGUUUUUUUUACUGUGGGUGGAUAGAUUUUGGGUGUGAUAGUGACAACUGUCAGUCAUUUUUGAUUUGAUCUCAGGAAUUUUCAAUGUGGUGGUGUGUAUCCAGAACCAUAAGGCUUGCUUCUGUCACAAGCAGACGCUAUAUGUGCUGUACAUGUUGAUAAUAAAAAGAAAUAGCUUAUUUAACAGUCACAAUCAUGUAAUGACUGUUCUUACCCGGAAAGUGUUGGAGACUGAGGUCGAUGUGAAGGUGGUCUGUUUGAUCCAGAGAUGGGUAUUUUUUUUUACCUGUUCAUUUCUUUUGAGUUUUUAUAACACCUUGAGCAUUCUACCUUUGCAAAUCCUGACUUUGCCAAGAUAAGAUUCAAAGAUAAUUUAUUGUCAAUUUUUCCAUGUAUGCAAGACAUACAGAAGAGUCAUGGUCCUGUUUCUCUCUCGCCCACUACCUUGGAGCCAGUUAAAUAGACAAGACUAAAAAGUAAACACUAAACUGACAAAAAAAACUAGGCCGUGUAAAAAAAAAAAAAAAAAAGUAAUAAUAGUAAUAAUAAAGGUAAUAAUUAUACAGUUGUCCCUAUUGCCAACACAUGCAGAUUUGUUAAGAAGUUACAUAUAUUUCAAGAAAAAAAACUGCAUCUCAGCUUUGUGAUAUAAGUGAAAAAGCCCAUUAUUAAUAUGACAUUCGCUCUUUUGCUCUUUCAACUUUGUUCUUAAAUAAUCCUUGUAAAUUGUCUUCUAGUAAUAUUAAGACUUUAUUCACAUUAUAAC